AUGCCGGGUCGUCAUUACGACUGGCUGAGGGAAUCUUCGUUUUCAGCUGCUUCCUCCUCCAAAAACUCCAAGCAACAAAAUGUAACUAUCCUGCAGUGGUGCUGGCCCAAUGGCAACACUUUCAAAUUCAGCCAGGACUUCUGCUGGAAACAGCUUGGCAUCCCAAACUGCAGGGUCGUGACACAGAGGUCCUUGUUUUCAGAGGCGGACGUGGUGGUGUUCCAUAACCGAGGGAUUAACAAGGAGAAACUGCCCCUAGAGCUUCCCAGACCGCCAGGCCAGAGGUGGGCUUGGUUGACCAGGGAGCCGUCUGUGCGCAACGGAGACCGGAGACAAUUUGCAGGUUUGUUCAACCUCACUGUGCACUUCAGGAGGGACGCAGAUGUUACCAUACCAUACGGUGGACUUUUACCACAGGACUCUAAAACUCCAAUGGAAAACAUCCAAUGGAAUAAAACAGAUCUGGUCUGCUGGGUGGUCAGCAACUACAGAGAGUCGUACAAAAGAAGCCAAGUGUACAAAGAACUCAGCGCUGUCGUCCCCGUGAAGGUCUACGGACGGUGGGCAAAUGCUCCUCUUGCGCCCAAAGACCUUCUUCCCACGCUAUCUCGCUGCUAUUUCUAUUUAGCCUUCGAGAACACCAUCGCCAAAGAUUACAUCUCCGAGAAGCUGUGGAGGAAUUCUUACCAAUCUGGGGCGGUUCCAGUCGUCCUGGGAGCAUCUGUGCAAGAUUACGAGGCUGUGGCGCCGCCUCACUCGUUCAUCCACGUUGACCAGUUUGCGUCGGUGAAAGAGCUUGGCAAGUAUCUGCAGCAGCUGGCGGGCGACGUCAAGCACUAUCGCGAGUAUCUGCAAUGGAGGAGAGAGUGGAAGGUGGAAUUGCCCGACUGGAAGUGGAGACUGUGUCAGAUCUGUUUGCGGUAUCCCAGCUUCCCUCCGUACAAGGUUUACGAUGACCUGGAGGCCUGGGAUAACGUUGUAUCAACACCACGCCUGCUCAAGGACCUGGUACUACGUGGAGCCACCCUGAGCAGAUCCACCAAGGAGCUCUCAGAAGUAUCAGAGAAAGCUAGCCACUGGCUCUGGCUCAAACGACGCGACAAGGCUUGGGGAGCAACAUCCAACGGAGUCGAACCCGCGUUUCCUCGGCAACUGGAGCUGCCGGCGCCUCCGCUGACAGCGCGCUCAGACACGCCCCUGCUCAAGCUGAGCAGGGGCCCACGCAGCAACGAGCCUGCAGACAAUCAAUAA